UAACCGCUGGUGGCAGCGCUGAAUACAGACAAAGUUCUCACAGCUUUACUGAUGGAUCGGCUCCUCAUGACCAGGUGGAACGGGUGCCGGUACGCUAUUCAGUCUGCGCUCCGAAUACUGCACCCCUAGUAAAUCGUUGCAGACCAUCUAGUGUAUCAUUCGAAAAUGUACAUAAGAGCGGUCUCGUGGAUAGUCAAGUUCUGAAUUCGAACGGCAGUAGCUUCAGUAUAGCUCGGAGUCACGCGGUGGAGAACGCACGAUUCGCCGAUUAUAACCGCCUCUUUCUGGAGGAAAACAAACUUUUGCAUCAAGGACUGGACAAAGCAAAUCGUUUGGUCAACUGGUACAACGAGAGGCUGGCAAAUCUAACGACACGACAAAAGCUCAUUGCAAGAAAUAUCGUACCAAACUGGGCAAUUUUGGAAGCCAAGGUAAAUUCCUUGAGGAUGCUGAUUAAAGAGACGAAUCGACAUGCGGUUGUUUUAAUGGAAUCUUCGGAGAAAGGGUUUCCUCUUUGUGAUAAAAACUUAAGUAGCGUCCUUCAGCCUACUGAAGACCAAAUGAUGUGGCUUAAAAGACAAAACCAGCUGCUGACAGAGGUAAGUCAUGCAUUGCUCAAUUUUGGUUUUUCACGUUAUACUAUUUUAAUUAUGAGGUCACUGAAUCGUAACAGCCAGAAAACGCCGAUUUUAGACGUCAAAUGUUUUCAAUACGCAAUUCCUCCAGUUGAAAUAGCAUUAAGCGAUUCAGUUGUACACAAACAAAAUUCUGUUGCAAUGUGA